UUUUUGCUAAAUUUGGCCAUUGUUGGUCUUGUUGAAGGUCUUAUCGCUGAGUUAGCCGAAGUUGUGAUUUCAUUUGUGGCUGCGGUCUCAAAAUCCUUUAUUGAAGUUGAGGAAGCAUUAUUGAGGAGAAGCGUUUCUUCCACUGCAGCAGUGGCAGUUGGCUCUGGAGCAAAUUUCCUUAGAGUAACAGUUGACUGCCCGAAUGUUGUAGACACAUCUGCCGUGGUCGCUGGAGCAGUAAUCGUUCUUAUUAUUGUAUCAGAAGAAGCACGGGUCAGCGUGGAAGUAGCGCUCAAAGUUGAAUUUAUAGGGAAAAGCGUAGUUAUUUUAGCAGCACUAGUAGUAGGCGGGCAAGAGAUUGUUGUUUCAGGGUUACCAGUCCUAUUCCAAGCAGUAUCAGCACUGAAAGUUGUUGCUGAGGUUCCUUGUUUCACUGUCGUGACAGUACUUUCUGACAACGUUGCUCUGAUAUCCGCCGACCUUGCUGCAGUGGUGACAGCAAAAGUAGCUAACGAUGCUACUGUUGACGUACUAUCGGUAGCUGUUUGCUCUGCCGCAGUGCUGGAAAUUCCUGCUAUAGCUGGAGACGAUAACUUAGUGGAUUGUGUUGCUGUUGUCUCAGGAAAGCUCACUGACGGCGUUGAUGCAGUAGAGGCCUGA